AUCUCUUGAACGCGCUGCUCUCAUGAUGAUCGUGCCCAAUGUCUUGUACUUGAAGCCGCUGUUAGAUUAUCGCUGGUGGAGUUUCACGCACGCUUGCUGAAGUCAUGUUGACGGAGAUAUCUGGUGCCCCGGCUGUUGUCUUGGUAAAGUCUUCUGGGGCCAGUCUAUCAAUCACCAUUUAAAAGGACGAAGGAAAAGCACUUCCUCCGCACUCGACCCUAUUGAUUCCCACAGCAUAAACCUUUACCACCAGGAUACACAUCCACAAUGCACUUUGCCACCAUCUUCCUUUCCGUAUUGGCUUGCAUGACAACCGCCAUGGCAGCCGAGCACCCCAUCAUUGUUACCGAUAAAGGAUUCCAGCCUUCAACCCUCUGCAUCGAACCAAAGGACACUAUCGUAUGGAGAUUCCAAGCUGGAGGUCACAAUGUCGAGGCGACUACUGCUGUUGGAUCCUGUACCUCGAAAAACACAUGGCGCAGCGUCACAAUGCGCCAAGGUUGGGACUGGCAUCGAACCUUUAAAGAGGAGGGCAUCGUCAGCUACAUGUCAAGCGUCGGUCAAGACUGCGAGAAUGGGUUCAAGGGUGUCAUAUAUGUCGGAGGCCAAUGUGUUACAUCGUACAGCAAUUCCGAAGCCCAGGUUGUGACCACAACUAUAGUUACUCCCACAGCUACAGUUACCCCCACAGCUACAGUUACCCCCACAGCUACAGUCACCCCCACAGCUACAGUUACCACCACAGCUACAGUUUCCACCACAAGUGGAGGCCAUGCAACUUCUACCACUGUAGUCCCGCAGCCGACUAGCGGUCAUGGCAACUCCGCAGGUGCCCAACAGCUCUCCUGGGCUUUGACUGCCCUAGCCAUCGCUGUUGCUCUUGUCUUCUGAUCCAUGUCUUUUACACGAAUAUAUUUCAUAAAGCUGCAUUUGCAAAAUAAAAUAUGAAAUUCAUUGGUCCGUG